AUUUAAACAUGAUAAUUCAUUAUGUUGAUGAGGCUAUUGUUCAAGAUGGCGCCGCCCAUGAAAAUGUGAAAAAAUGCUUUGGUGACCUUGAAUUCAAACUUAGUACAACAGCUGCAAGUAUAACAGGAAAAACAAGAUUCAAUGGGAAACCACCACAAAGUUUGAUAACAGCUUUGAAUGCGGAAAAACAGAACAGAAAGGAAUUGAUUACACCAAUAGCCCAAUUAGAAAGCAAUCCAACAUUAUCAUCAUUAUGUCUACAGCUCUCUAUUUCUGGAUCAACACAACCAAGUGCUCAAGAUGUUACUGAGUAUAGGCUGCCAUCUUUGAACAAUGGGCUGUAUAAACACACAAUCCUGGAUCAAACCACCCCCAAGAGCUAUGACUUACCAAUGGGUAUGAUACUCCCAUUAGAUAAGGAAAUGCCAUGUAUUGAUACAAAUAAGGAAAUCAAGGAUCCAACUGUGCAUGAUCGUCCCGUUAUACGAAAAGAAGCACGUAGAAUUCAAAAAUUGCGACGUUGGAGAAUGAACAGGCAUCAACUUAAAAAACUGAGAAAGAGAAUGAAAUAUGAAUAUCGUAAACAGAGAAUAUACAAGGCGAAAAAGAAGGAGGCAGCAAUCCAGGCUGAGUUAGAUGCUAUUAUGUUGGCUGCUAAAGAGUGGGAUCCCCUGAAAGAUGUUGUCAAACAAAAUCUAGAUUUUGCUAGAAGGGGAGGGUAUAGUGUCAAUGUUUGGGAAACUAGAAAUAAAAAACAAUCUUAA